CUAACAUGGCGGAGAGCAGCUCGUUAGGAUUAUCAAGUGUUCCUGAUGUAGAGAUUGAUGCCAAUGGACUUUUUAAAUACGUUCUUAUCAAAGUUAUAGAUCCUUCUAAUGAGGAUACUUACAAGUGCAUAGUCAGAGGAUUUGAUUGGGCAAAUUACCAUGCUGAUAUUUAUGAUAAAAUAGAGGAGGAAAUUGGAGAAAUGAGAAUGAAAACUGAAUGUUUAGGUGGAGGCAGGAUACAACAUGACAGACUUGAAAAAAAAAUCCUUGUGUAUGGUUAUUCUGUGGGGUUUGGUAGAGCUGAUCACUCCAUCGCAGUCGAGAAACUUAUAAAAGCUUACCCAGAUUAUGAAAGUAUGACCUUCGUUAUUAGAAACAUGUUGAGAAGUCUGAAUGUAUUUAUUAAGUCAUAUUUUGUAGUAAUCUUGCUACCAAAAGAUUAA